UGGACAAUGGGUUUUCCCUGAUGGUGUAGCUCUGCAGACAAAUGGAGAUAUUUAUGUGGUUGAAAAACCUCAGAGAGUUGAACUACGUCGCAAUAAUAGUGCCACUUCACCAACUGGUAUAUAUCGUUGUGAGAUUCCAACCAAUGCUGUCCAUGAUGAUGCAAACAUCUCAGUGAGAGCCACAGUCUAUGUUGGACUGUAUACUAGUGGAGAAACAGGAGGGAGCAUCUCAAUAUCAGGAGGAGUGACAUUUGACUCUGACCAGCUGACCCUCACCUGUAUCUCCACUGGUGGACCUGCUA